UUAUUAAUAAAAGGAAAAUAAAGGGGAAAGCAGAAGGCUUUGACGGUUUAUCGAUCAACGGUGGUUUUGCAGUUGAGAGUUGCGAGAUUGGUGGGUCUCUCUGGUGUAGUUGGAGUUUAUUGAAAACUUCUCGAUUUCAAUUUGCAAGUUCCCUAUUGGUUAUUUUUGAAAUCGGUCUCAGGUUUAUCAGAGAAGAGGAGGUUAUUCUUGUGUUUCCAUAGAAAUCCAAUCUUGGUGGAAGGAUCUAGGACUGGGAGUGUGGUCGAUCGGAACUUGAAAAGAAUAGCUGAACAAUGGCAUUGAGUAAUAACUGCAGUUCUAAGCCAAAGCGAGGGGGCUCGUCUACAUUGAAUGUAGAUGCAGUAGACAAAGGUUUGGGGAUUGUUUACUAUACACGGGCAAUGGGAAGAAAAAGAGUUGCGGUUUCCAACUGUGCAGAGGUGUCGCCUCUCACUUCCCCUUCCAGAACCCCACUGAAAAAGCGCCAUAGCAUACGAAAAAAUGUAGCGAAGUCGCUUCUUGAGGCCUUACCACAGGAGAUUUUGGUCCAAGUGUUGUGUGGUGUAGAUCAUGAUGACUUGAAGCAGCUAUUCCACGUAUCGAAGACGAUCAGAGAAGCAACUUUGAUUGCGAAGCAAUCUCAUUUCGCAUAUUGCACUCCUUCUAAAUCCUUGGCGGGUGUAAGGAGUUUCAGUGUUGUGGAAGAUUCAAGCAAGCUUGAUGCCGAGGAGGCACCGAAUGCGCCGAGACAGCAACGGAUUUUAGGCUCCCGACUCAACCGAAAGAAGCUUGCUGACAUUAGUGUUGCCUUGUUCCAUUCUCCCGAGGAAAAGCAAUGGCUGAAGAACAGUUUACUACUGGAAACAGAAAUAUGAGUAAUUUCUGGGCCAGUCUUCUUGUAAGCAUUUUGUAAAUGCUUUCGCUUAUUGUAAUUGAUGUUGUGGUGGUUGUUCAGUAAUUGGGGGUUCUGCAGACUUGUGUAUGUAAACAAACGGUGCAAAGCCCUUCUUCAAUUCCUUCAUUGAAGACGGUGGAAUGUAUAUGUGUAUGUAAAUGUCUCAGGGAACUCUUGUUAAUUUAUUUCAUUGGAAGGGCAUUUCCUUCAUGUUUUCAUUAAAAUGUUUACAGAUUUGAGAAUGUAACAGUAUUUGUACACCACUAACUUUCAUUGAAUGAGCUCCUCUCUUACUUUUAUUACCACUAUUUUUGUAAUGGGUGAACCAAAUAUGUGUUGGUAUCAACAAUUUAUUUCA